AUGGCUGACAUAGUUGUUGUAGAUGGAUCUUGGAACCAGCAAGGAUGGUCUGCUCGCGAUGGUGUUGUUGCAGUCAUUUCAAUUAACACAGGAAAAGUUUUAGAUGCUAUUUUCUUGUCGAACUCCUGUGCGAGUUGCGAACAAAAGUAAUGGGAAGGCACCAUUUCCAGAAUGGAUUACUUGGGUUGGGUUAUCCGCCACGAAGGAUAUUGUUUCCAUAAUCACAAAGGGAGUUCGCAGGUAAUUGACUCCUCUAUUGUUAUUUAUAGUGAAACUUGUCAUUUACAUCUUUUUCUUCAGUAGUAGACUUUUUGAUACAGAAGCACACAGUAUUCUGUGAUCCUAUUAAUUGUAGCCAAAAUGCAGUGGCUGUGGAACCCAUAAAUUUUUUAACGGUCUGGAGACAUUUACAGUGCCUGUUUUGGAAAACUUUAAAAUGCGAGAUAACAUCUGUUCACCUUACAUCUCUUACAUGUACAUUCCACUCUUUCAUGAUAGUCAACUCAACAGUUUAUAGUAGGUUAAAAUUAUAGAAACCUUAACUGAUAACAUUUUCCCUGAAUUAUUUUCCUAAAGGGACUAUCAUACAAUGGGCAUUUAAAUAUGUUACUUUUGGAUACUAAUGUUGCAAUGCUUUUCUUAUAGUCAAUGGAAGCACGAGGAUCAUGUCUCUUGUUUGGAAGGUCACUUGACUAACACAACUUGAGGUACAUCCCUUUUGUGGGUGAUAGGGACAGUAAAAGUUACUCAGAAGUAUGUAAAAUGGCCCAUUAUGGUCCAGCAGUUUUCAUUCCCAAAGAAGACUGUAUCACACAUGUCACUGAACAAAUGGGGACAGCAUUGAGAAAG